AUGGCUCGUCUUCACGAAAACUACUCCUCAGAGGGUCCAAUAUUAAGCCUGAAACUUCUAGUCGACACGGAGAAGAACAAGGUUGUGUUGGCUGAGGCGGGUAAGGAUUUUGUUGAUGUGCUCUUUCGUUUACUGGCGCUGCCAAUGGGUGCUAUCGUGCGUUUGCUGGAGAAGUAUAAGCUAAAACAAGCCGCUACUAUAGGCUGUUUUAACAAUCUCUACAGCAGUGUAUCUAAUCUAGGCAUCCAUGAUUUCAUGAGCGAAGCUUGUAAGGAUAUGCUUUUAUAUCCGAGGUAUGUGAAAGAGAGGCAAUGCAGACGGCUUAAGCUUAACAUAUAUGAUGUUGAUGAUGAUGAUGAUGAUGAUGAUGGUACCCAGUACAUUAAAGAACGUCAUGAAAGUGGUUGUGAUGAAAUAUUUGCCAGCGAGAAGACAUCUUUCCACAUUACAGAAAACAUGGAAGUGGAAUUUGCGUCUAUUAUUCUCGCCAGGAGGACACUUUUGAGACUUGGUUAUACUAGUUUUGAUAAGUUGAAGCUACAGUAUGCAGAUGUUCGUCACGAACAGGUUCUAUCUCUGCUCAGUUGCUUGUUCUCUUCAGAAACUCCUUUGACUGAUGUUUUCUUGAAGAAAAAUUGCUCUUGUGGUAUGACAAGGCCACAUGACAUGCCAUUGCCAACUACAUUUGUGCAAGAUGGAGAUGAAGCAAAGACAGAUGAAGUUGUGUCACUCAGUGUAUUUGUUAGGAAGCAGGACACGAAGGUUCUUUAUGCUGAAAGCGGACAAGACUUUGUGGAUCUACUUUUCAGUUUCCUGGCUAUCCCUUUGGAGUCUGUAUGGGAAAUAACUGGAGACAAUAAUAUCGAACUAGGAAGCAUUGGCAACUUUUGUAAAAGCAUGAAGAGUUUGAGCUCUAGCGGAGGAAAUGCAAUGCUUCCUUGGCAAUAUAGGUUGGAGAAAUCGUUGCUAGGUGUAUGUUAUCAAAACAAUGAUGCUAAUUCUCAAUCGAUACCUCGGAUUGUUAAAAGAGGGGAAACACACAUUAUCUCAGAGGAUCUUACUAAUUGCAUAAUGAAGCAAGUGGAAGUGGACUUGGAUGAUUUCAAGGACUUUGAAAUCAACAUGAGCAAUUCACAGGGAAUUAGUCUAUUGAGUGAAACGGAACCAAAAACUGACUUUGUUGUUGAACCCACGGUACCGGUUAGUAGUGGGUUUGUGAAGAGAGGGGCAACAUACAUGAUCUCAGAUGAUCUUACCAUCACAGCUGCAAACUCAUGGUCAGCUAUUUCCUUACUGAAAGAGUUGGACACAAACUUGGAUGAUAUGGAGGAACACGUAAUUAACAUCAGGAAAGCAGAGGCUAUUAAUUUGCUAAAAGCUUCAUUGGUGACAUCCACUCCCUUGACCACCGCUCUCGGGAACUUACUUUUAAAGAAGCCUUUAGUGGAGACAAGUUUUGCUGGUUGCCGCGUCCAAUUUUACGCGCGUCGAAUUGACGGGAGCUACAGCGCGGAAGAAUGA